AUGUUUGACAAGAAAGAAACCGUACCUGCUGAGAUGGCAAAGGUGGCUCCGGACUCCGAGAAGGAGGCCUGCGAUGUCCAGAAUGAGAUUGCACCAGAUGAGGACUUCAGCGAUGUGGACGAGAAGAAGGUGUUGCGCAAGAUGGACAUUCGUCUAAUCCCCAUGUUGGCUUUGCUCUACCUGCUCUCUUUCCUGGAUCGAGGAAAUAUCGGCAACGCUCGGUUGGAGGGGCUGGAAAAGGACCUGAAUCUGAAGGGCUCUGAGUACAACUGGUGCUUGACGGUCUUCUUCUUUACCUAUGCCACCUUUGAGAUUCCGUCCAAUGUGCUGCUAAAGAAGCUCAAGCCAUCCAUCUAUCUCCCUUCCAUCAUGCUUGCUUGGGGUACUGUUAUGACCUUGAUGGGUAUCGUGCAGAAUUAUCACGGCCUAUUGAUUUCACGUAUAUUUCUUGGAAUAACAGAGGCUGGAUUGUACCCAGGAUGUGCGUACUACAUCACGAUGUGGUACUGCUCCAAGGAGGGCCAGUUCAGACAAGCUCUGUUUUUUAGUGCCGCCAGUAUGGCUGGUGCAUUUUCUGGACUAUUAGCCUAUGGAAUUGCUAAAAUGGACGGUGUCGGUGGCUAUGCUGGAUGGCGUUGGAUCUUCAUUCUGGAAGGACUGUUGACAGUUGUUGUGGCAGUCAUGUCUUUCUGGACCAUCUAUGACUUCCCCGACACUGCACCCUUCUUCACAGAAAGGGAACGAGCCUUUGUUGUCCACCGUUUGAAGUACCAGGGAACCAAACCAGGUGCCAAGAGGGUCGCGCAAGCUGAUGAAUUCGAGUGGAAAUAUGUGUGGGAUGCUUUCAAGGACUGGCAAGUCUAUGUUGCCAUCGUCAUGUUCUGGGGCAUCGUGUGUCCGCUUUAUGGUCUUUCUCUUUUCCUCCCCUCAAUCAUCAGAGAUCUCGGCUACACAGCAUCCACAGCGCAACUUUUAACAGUUCCUGUUUACUGCACUGCUGCCGCACUGGCCAUUGCCACUGCGUGGUAUGCUGACAAGAAAGGCUCACGUUCGCCCUUUGUUCUCUUCUACAUGGGCAUCAUUGCGCUUGGGUUUAUUAUUUGCAUUGCGUCUGCUGGUCGAGGCGUGCCUGGCGUGGUCUACGCCGGCGUCUUCAUUGCCGUAUGCGGCUUGUAUCCUGCAUUCCCCGGAAACAUUACGUGGCUUAGCAGCAACUUGGCGGGCAGCUACAAGCGAGCCACCGGCAUGGCUAUCCAAAUCGGCAUUGGUAACCUUUGUGGUGCGAUGGCAGCUAACUUCUACCGGCCCGGUGAUGCGCCGAAAUACUAUGUCGGACAUAGCUUGGAGCUCGGGUUUGUGGUUGCGGGUAUGCUGGCGGCGCUGACGCUGCGCAUCUGCUACCAGCGCAUCAACAAGAAGCGCGACGAAGAGGGUACGGGCGACUUGACGGAGGAGGAAAUGGCGCGCAUGGGUGACAAAUCGCCCGCCUUCCGUUAUUCCUUGUAA